AUGCCGCCCCUCAUCACCUCCAUUUACACUGCUGAUCCCUCAGCCCACGUCUUCAAUGAUAAGAUCUACAUCUACCCAUCUCACGACCGCGAGACAGACAUUGCCUUCAACGACAAUGGAGACCAGUAUGACAUGGCCGACUACCAUGUCUUCUCCACGUCGGACCUGAAGGAGGUGACCGACCACGGCGUCGUGCUCAAGACAGAGGACGUGCCGUGGGCGAGCAAGCAGCUCUGGGCCCCCGACGCGGCGCAUAAGCACGGGAAAUACUACCUCUACUUCCCGGCACGAGACAAGGAAGGCAUCUUUCGGAUUGGCGUGGCCGUGGGUGACAAGCCCGAGGGCCCUUUCACCGCCGACCCAGAGCCCAUCAAGGGCAGCUACUCCAUCGACCCGGCCAGUUUCGUCGACGACGACGGCCAGGCCUACCUCUACUUUGGUGGGCUCUGGGGUGGCCAGCUCCAAUGCUACCAAAAGGGCGACGACCAGUAUGACCCCGAGUGGCAAGGACCCAAGGAGGUCUCUGGCGAGGGCGUCGCGGCGCAGGGCCCCCGCGCCGCCAAGUUGACCGACGACAUGCACCAAUUCGAGUCGCCGGCCCAGGAGCUCCUCAUCCUAGACCCGGAGACCAAGAAGCCCAUUCUCGGCGACGACCACGCGCGCCGCUUCUUUGAAGCCGCGUGGAUGCACAAGCACAAUGGCAAGUACUACUUCUCCUACUCGACGGGCGACACGCACUUUCUCUGCUACGCCGUGGGCGACUCACCCAUGGGCCCGUUCACGUAUGGCGGCAAGAUCCUGGAGCCCGUGCUGGGCUGGACGACGCACCACUCGAUUGUCGAGUACAAGGGCAGGACGUAUCUCUUCUUCCACGACUGUGAGCUGAGCGGGGGCGUGGACCACCUCAGGAGCGUCAAGGCCAAGGAGAUCUUCUAUGAUGAUAAGGGGGGGAUCAUUACGACGAAGGCAGAUUAA